AACGCGUAAAACUCACUUUCGUUUGUCACCACAGCGCUCACGUCUACAGUGCGUUGAAUCUUCUGGGUUAAAAGCUGAAACUUCUCCAAAGAUCUUGGUCGACGGAAAGGGUGACAUGCAACACUUUCUCGAAACCUGCCAGGUCCACCAUGCGCCUCAUCGCUUUCAGCUGAACAGCCUUGGUUUAUGCUGGAUCCAAAAGAGCGAGUGAACUUGUGCAGCUGUGAAAGAGAAAUCUCUUGCGUUGUAUGAAUAGCGACAGAUGUUUUCUCCGUAGCAGAUUUCCGCGAAGCGACCGGUCAUUUGCCAGCAGUGUGAUGGACCGCUACGCUUUCGGCAUUGCGAACAUGCACUUUUGUGGAUGAUUUAUCGGAUGGGGCUUAUUAACUCGCAGACGUCUGAAUUAUAAUGCCCAACUUGCUAAAUGUUUAAAUAAAAUAGGAGCGAUAGAGCGGAAAUUAUUUUCGCGUGUCGCCCACUCAUCGUACCUGAACGCACUGAAGGAUUUUAAUCGCAAACGCACGAAAAUAACCGGAUUUGUUUUACAUGGAUGUGGAUGAACGGACAGCCUCUGCCAAAUAAAUCCUCGCUUUCCUCCUUAAACUGGCAAACGAAAGCGAUUCAUGUGUUCUUCUUAUAAAACUGGGAGCCCGUGUUUUAUGUACCGUUGGCGAUGUAGUGCGCUUGCUCACUUUUAUCUCUGCCGUUCCCAACAAAUCUUUCCUUGAAACGGACACAGUGAAGAUGAUCCUUUUCCGAAAAUUCCGCGUCUUGAUUUUAAUGGUGUUUCUUAUAGCCUGCUCAGUGCACAUUAUGAUAGACUUACUACCAAAGCUGGAGAGACGGGGCAGUGGCGCCUGCUCGUGCUCUCACGCGCCCAGCGAAGAGCCGCAGAACUGGGCGAAGCAUCGAGCCAAGCCGGGAUCAGAGUCCGGCUGGCCUAAUAAACACACGCUCAGAAUACUUCAAGACUUCAGCAACGAGCCUAACUCAAAUCUGUCCUCUCACUCACUGGAAAAGAUCACCAUCGGGGGUAAAUCUGAGGCUUUGAAAAGAAUCGAGCAGUGGAAGACAGGUGACGAGAAGCGGCGCGCGACACGGGACGCUGCCUUCAGUAACGCAGCCGUCGGAGGUUCAAAGCUUUCGGCUCUGUUUCAGCAUCCUUUAUACACGAGACCGUUGCCUGCAUUGACUGAUGAAGACACGCUGUUUAAUGUCAACACUGAUAUAAGAUUUGAUCCAAAAGCUGCCGAAAACCCUGAGUGGCAGGGAGAAGGGAAGGAUGGAGAUUAUGCUCCUACGGGUGAGAUUUCCUCAGACUCCUACCCGAACUGGCUCCGCUUCCACAUUGGGAUCAACAGGUAUGAGUUGUACUCCAGGCACAACCCAGUCAUUGAUGCGAUGCUGAAGGACCUGGUCUCGCAACGGAUUACCAGUGUUGCAAUGAAAUCCGGAGGUACACAGCUGAAGCUCAUCAUGACAUUCCAGAACUAUGGCCAGGCUCUCUUCAAACCCAUGAAGCAGACACGGGAGCAGGAGACGCCCCCCGACUUCUUCUACUUCUCCGAUUUUGAGAGGCACAAUGCAGAGAUCGCAGCAUAUCAUCUAGACAGGAUCUUGGAUUUUCGUCGAGUACCACCGGUGGCCGGGCGACUAGUUAAUAUGACCAAAGAGAUCAGAGAUGUGACCCGUGACAAAAAGCUGUGGAGAACCUUUUUCAUUUCACCAGCCAAUAACAUCUGCUUCUACGGUGAGUGUUCGUAUUACUGCUCGACUGAACAUGCUCUGUGUGGGAAGCCUGACCAGAUCGAAGGUUCUUUAGCAGCAUUUCUGCCUGACCUGGCCUUGGCCAAACGCAGGACCUGGAGAAACCCCUGGAGACGAUCCUAUCACAAACGCAAGAAAGCAGAGUGGGAGGUGGAUCCAGAUUACUGUGAAGAGGUGAAGCAAACUCCACCCUAUGACAGCGGCUCCCGUCUGCUGGACAUCAUGGACAUGACUAUCUUUGAUUUCCUUAUGGGAAAUAUGGAUCGUCAUCAUUAUGAGACCUUUGAAAAAUUUGGAAAUGAAACGUUCAUAAUUCAUCUUGAUAAUGGAAGAGGCUUUGGUAAACAUUCUCAUGAUGAGCUUUCCAUACUGGUGCCUUUGAGUCAAUGCUGCAGGGUAAAGAAGUCCACCCAUUUACGACUUCAGCUGUUGGUUAAGGAGGAAUACAGACUGAGUACUCUGAUGGAAGAAAGCCUCCAAACAGACACGCUCUCACCCAUCCUCAUAAGACCUCAUCUGGAGGCCAUGGACCGUAGAUUGCACCUGGUGCUCCAAGUUCUGGACGACUGCAUUGAGAAGGAGGGAUACACCAACGUCGUAGAGGAUGACAUGGGUACAGAGGGUUCAAACACAGGCACAGUCCCACAGAGGUAGUGGGCACACACUGACUAGACGUCCUGAAGUCCCUCCACGGCUCUUAUGGACCGUGAACAUCUUGCAAGAGAUGCUCUUGUUGAUAGACUUUUUUGAAUUCAGUGAAUUCCAAAGACUCAUUCUUCAACCAGUUGACCAUGUGUUAGAAAAAGAUGCACAAUGGCCGAGAGACAUUCAUUUGAUCCAAAACGGUAGUUGAUUUUCACAGGUCACAUCAGAAAAGCAGCGGUUCUCAACUGGUUGGUCGUGACAGAAACGGGUCACAAAAAUGUUCUGACAGGUUUGCAGACAAGAGGGGGAACUAUGUUAAAUGCAAAUAAAGUAUAUACAAAUUUACUUUGACACACUGAGAAAAAUUAAAGCUACACGAGUGGCCAUUGAUUUGCACAGUUUGGCUUCUGCUGUUGUUUUUACAAAAUUGUACAUUUUCCUAUUCAGCCUAGGUCAUGUUAAUAAGUUUGCAUAUUGCUGGGCUUAUGCAGUUCUUGUGGCAUCUAAUGUUAAUAAAUUUCUCUAGUUCACCCAAAAAUGAAACUCUUGUCAUCAUUUGCCCACUCUUUUGUCACUCGUGUGACUUUAUUUCUUGUUCUAAACACAAAAAAUGAAAAGUAAUGAAUAUCUAACUGGGUGGAUCAAAUGUUAGAAUCAUUCACUUUAAUGCUUAAUGAAGCAUCUAAGAAUGUCGGCAAGAAAGUGUGUGUGCGACUCACGGAUCAAUUUUAAGUACUAUGAUCGCUGUUGAUGAAAGAUAGCCUGAUAUUAAGCAAUUUUAUAAUAAUGUCACAGGUGUCAUGAAACGUUUUGUGUUCACGUCAUAAAACCAACACCCUGUGUUGUUCAAGCAGGAUUUUGUGAUUGAUUAUCAGAUUUAGCAAGUUUGACUUGGUCCCCUGAGUGAUUCCAUUGGCUGAAAGACUGUGGGUAUUGUUUAUUGUGCUUCAUUAGAAUGUUUUUCUAAAGUGAUGGUGUUUUUUGGGUAUUGUGAUGUAUAUUUGAAAAGAAAACUGUAGGGCAGGGUUUCGUCCUUCAGCCAUUGAUUGGAUCGUUGGGAGCUCAAGGCCUGGCCAUUGGACAGUCAGUAUAGUCCCGCCCUAAAACGAUGCAUGUCAUGAAAGUUAAUGUUUUUCAUUACCGAGUUUGAUGACAUCUGAAUUUAAAACAAAAAAACAAUUUAUAAUAAACACUGUAGUAUUCCAUAAAAAUAAAACAUGUAAAUUUAGAUUUAUGUUUGCAUUAUGUAGCCUAAAUAUGCGCAUUAAUCUCCUAUUAUUAAGUUUCAGGUUAUGGCGUAUUACCAAAACUAUUUUUUUACUUUCCCUACAAUUUACAAGUUCACUACUCGGCAUACCACUUGAAAGCCUGAUAGUUUACCCUGUAGCCUACACAGAUUGCUUACUCGACAUACAGUAUUUACAUCAUUCCUUACUUCUGGGAUCCUAGAUGGACUUUUUUGGCUGGGUGGAUUACAUUUUUCCAUGAUGCCGGAAGUAGUUUUGAAUUUAGCAUAAACAAUGCAAGUCACCUGAUGUGUCAAUAAUAUGAGCCAUAACGUGUCAUGGUGGCCAACUUGAUUUUACUGUAAAGUUGUUGUUUCACCAAAACAUGAAAUACAUGAAAAAUGAUGCUCGUGUACAUUUUGCUGACGCCCUUGGGUGCUUUAUUAAGUGUUAAUGUGGUACGUGACUAAAUGAUGACAGAAGUUUCAUUUUUGGGUGAACUAUCACUUUAUUUAUUUAUUAUACAGUUUUGGUUCUGUGUUGGGUUGCUACUUGAUGUCUGAUGUAAAAAGCAGGUCCUGAAGCAAAACCAGUUGAGAACCACUGUUAUAAAGAAGAAUUGAAAUAAAUGCAUAGUCAAAUUGCAUAUUUCCAUGCCUUUACUAAACAUUGAUUCAGUAUUUGCUGUAACUUUAAAGCUUUAUACAGUGAGGGAAAUAUUUAUUUGAUCCCCUGCUGAUUUUGUAAGUUUGCCUGCUUACAAAGAAAUGAAGGGUCUAUCAUUUUUAUGUUAGGUUUAUUUUAACAGUCAGAAUAUCAUAAAAAAUCAGGGGGAAAGGUGUUAUAUAAAGGUUAUAAAUUGAUUUGCAUUUCAGUCAGUGAAAUAAGUAUUUGGUGAUAGUUGGUCACCAGGUUUGCACAUGUAUCAGGAUACAUUUUAGUCCACUCCUCUGUCAAUCUUUAAGGUUUCUUGGCUGUCGCUCAGCAAACUGGAGUUUUAGCCUCCUUCACAGAGGUUCUAUAGGACUAGGGUCUAAAGACUGGCUAGGACAUUUAAUGUGCUUCUCCUUAAGCCACUCUUUGGUUGUCUUGGCAAUAUGUUUUGGGUCUUUGUCAUGUUAAAGGCACAUCCACGACCCAUCUUCAGUGAUCUAGUUAAGGCGAGGAGGUUCUCGUCCCAAGAUUUUACGGUACACUGGCUUGUCCCUCAGCCCCUCAAUGCGGUGAAGUCAUCCUGUACCCAUAGCAGUGAAAAAGCCCUAAAGCAUAAUGUUUCCAACACUGUGCUUCUCUAUAGGGAUGGUGUUCUUGGGGUCAUAGUCAGCAUUUCUCUCCCUCCAAAAAGUCAGUCAAAGAGUCAAUUUAGGUCUCGCAGCACUUUCUCCAAAGCCUUUUCUGAAUCAUUUUGAUGUUCAUUGUCAAACUUCAGAUGAGCCAGACGGGUCUUCUUGGGCAGGAGGACCUUGCGGGUGCUUCAGGACUUCAAUCUAUUGUGGCAUAGCGUGUUACCAAUGGUUUGCUUGCUAACUGUGGUCCCAACUGUCUUGAAAUCAUUAACAGGCUUCUUCCGUGUAGUUCUGGGCUGAUUUUAACCUUUCUCAUGAUCAUCUUUACUCCAUUGGGGAAAUCUUGCAGGGAGCUCCAGACCAAGGGCAUUUGAUAGUUAUUUUGUAUUUCUUCUAUUUCCAAAUAAUCGCACCAACAGUUGUCUCCUCCUCACCAAGCUUCUGUCUGUAGCCUAUUCAAGGUUUGUGCAGGUCUACAGUCUUGUCCCUGACAUCAUUUGAAACCUAUUUGGUCUUGACCAUGGUGGUGGAGAGGUUGAAAUGGAAGAUACAGAUUCUGUUGGCAGGCAUCUUUUAUAUACAUAGCAAGCUGAUUUAGGAGUGACAGGACUAAUCUGUGGUCCAUAUAGGCAUAUAACCAAUCUGUGGAGCCAGAAUUCUUGCUUGUUGGUAGGGGAUCAAAUACUUAUUUCACUGACUGAAAUGCAAAUCAAUUUAUAACCUUUAUAUAACACCUUUUCCCUGAUUUUGUUUUUGUUGAUAUUCUGACUCUAUCAGUUCAAAUAAACCUACCAUAAAAAUGA